AUGAUUCAAGUUGAUGAUAAUCCUUAACAUAUAAAUCUCAAUCUUUUUCAGAAGAUCAAUACUGGAAAGUAUGAGGAUAUUCAAAUCAAAAUACAAAAGCUCGAAUCUACAUUUUUCUAAUGUUUAAGCUAUAGUAAACAUGAGUAAAUGUAGUAAAAUGAGAAACUACAAACCGAUAACUCAUAACUCCAUGAUAACGAACACAAUAUGAACAAGGACUUAUUAUAAUUCGAACAAUUUGAAAAAUACAUUGCUUAAUACUUUGCCCAACUUCGUUAAUAAUUUGGAAAUAUCAAUUCGAUCUGUUUCAUGACUUCUUAAUAGUUAAACCUAUUUUUCGAAGAAGCUCUUGAAUAAUUGAAUAACAAAACAAAGUUGUUUUAGGACAUUCUAAAACUUAAACUAAUUUAAAGUUCACAAGGUAUUGAUUCAAAUAUAUACAUUAUUAGACUUAUUUUCAAAAGUAUAUCCAACAAAAACAAACUUAAUACUUAAGAAAUGGUAUUUACACAAUUAUUGUUAUCCAUACCCAAAUUAGAUGGAAAUCAAAAAAUUAAUCAAUAAAACACAACUAUCGAAGAAGAAAGUAUUAAAAUUUUUUAAUUAAGAUAUUAAAUUGGUUUAUAAAUGCUCGCAAUAGUUUUAAGAGGAAAAAACAAAAAAAAUAAAAAUACAAAGUAUUAGUGCAGGAGCACUAUAAAGCCUUGGUCCAACCGAAAAAACAAGGCUAAAACUCGUAUUAAGAAGAAUCAAAUUAACAAAUUUUAUUUUGA